CUGUCUCCCUUCUCUCUCUCCCAUCUGCUAACACAGCCAGAGGGAGAGCCCAAUAAAAACCGUUUUUUUUUUUUCAAUAGUAAAGCCCUAACUCACAUGCGCGUCGGAUCUGGAUCCUCAGAGAUCUGAUUCAUAUCUAUCUCUUUACCUUAGCUUCUGAUCUGAUCCAAAACGAACCCGCCCGGUCUUAAGAAAUGGCGCGUCGCUGCUCGCAUUGCAGCCACAACGGUCACAACUCCCGCACUUGCCCCAACCGAGGGGUCAAGCUUUUCGGAGUCCGGUUGACUGACGGGUCGAUUCGGAAGAGCGCCAGUAUGGGUAACUUAAGCCAAUACUCCGGGUUGAAUUCUGGCGCGCAUUACGAGAACGGGUCGGGUACGCCCUGUGAGGGUCCGGAUCACGCCGACGGUUAUGCUUCUGAGGAUUUUGUCCCAGGGUCCUCUUCGAGUCGUGAAAGAAAAAAAGGUGUUCCUUGGACGGAAGAGGAGCAUAGGAUGUUUCUACUUGGUCUGCAGAAGCUUGGGAAAGGUGAUUGGCGUGGAAUCUCACGCAAUUAUGUUAUAUCAAGGACUCCUACUCAAGUUGCUAGCCAUGCUCAGAAAUAUUUCAUCAGGCAGUCCAAUGUUUCUAGGAGAAAAAGACGUUCCAGCCUCUUUGAUAUUGCAGCAGAUGAAUUGGUUGACACCCCGAUGGUAUCACAGGAUUUAUUCUCUGCAAAUCAACCACUGGCUGAAACACAGAGCAAUGACCAGUUGCAUGUUCCUCCUCCAUUGGAUGAAGAAGAUGAAUCAAUGGAUUCCAAUAACUCGAAUGAUGGGGAAACUGUUCCUCCAAAGUCAGAGGGCUUGCAACCCUGUUACCCAUUAGUAUAUUCUUACUUCCCGCAAUUCUUUCCAUUUUCAUUUCCAUAUUGGAUGGGUUAUAACACAGAACCCACCCAGAAGGACUCACAUGAAGUGGUCAAGCCAAAAGCAGUACAUUCAAAGAGCCCGAUCAAUGUUGAUGAGCUGGUGGGCAUGUCAAAAUUGAGUUUGGGAGAAUCUAUUGGUGAUGGUGGCUCAUCCUCUCUUUCAUUAAAACUUGAUGGUUCAUCUAGGCAGUCUGCUUUCCAUGCCAAUGAUGCUUCUGGUAAUGCAAGCAUGAGCUCAAGUGGAAGCCCAAUCCAUGCGGUUUAAGACCAACUUUAUCUGAAACUAAUGUCUUAGGUUAGCUCAGGGUUUGAGAGCAAUACAUGUUAUUGUUAAUAGAAUACUAAUAAUGUGCAGUCUGGUUUGGGUUUAGUUAUAUAUUUCUUUUGUGGGAUCAACUCAAUAAGUUUGUUUUUCUGUUUUUUAGUAACUUAAUUCGAUGCUUAGAUUUAGGAUGUAGCAUCUAGUUAGCAAUUAUUUGAAUCUUUCUAA